AUGACUGAAAAGGUUAUACCAGUUGAGUCAGAUUUAGCACCAACUAAUACACAUAUUUCCCCUAGCAGUUCAGUUUCAACCGCAACGAUAGCUAGCCCACGUGAAAAAGAUGAGCCUUCCCCCAUUGAGUCAUUUACUGAGGAGGUGUCAAAUGCAUUUUUAUUAGGAAAUGAGGACAGUAUAGCCUCUUUAGAUAGUACACUAUCAUCUUCUGAUUCUUCUGAUUCUUCGGACGAAGAAGAUGAUAUCAAUGCUUUAAUUAGUGAAUUACAAUCUAAUCAAGAUUCUGAAGAAGAGUUAGAUUUCGAAGAUAACACUGCUACUGUUGGUUCUAGAGUUGUACCGGAAGAACUGCUACAGACUGAUAUUAGCAUUGGACUGACAUUGGAUCAGGUGUUUCAAAGAAGAAGAAAAUACGGGGUUAAUCAGAUGACAGAAGAAAAUGAAUCAUAUAUCAUUAAAUUUUUUAAAUUCUUCUUGGGUCCAAUUCAGUUUGUUAUGGAAGUUGCAGCUAUUUUAGCGGCAGGUCUAUGUGAUUGGGUCGAUUUUGGUGUUAUCUGUGGAUUAUUAAUAUUGAAUGCAUGUGUCGGUUUUAUUCAGGAAUAUCAAGCUUGCUCGAUAGUAGAUGAGUUGAAAAAGACCUUAGCAAAAAGCGCUAUUGUGUUAAGAGAAGGUGAUCUAAUGGAAAUACCCUCUGAUGAGAUUGUUCCAGGUGACCUAAUGCAAUUAGAGGACGGCACAAUAGUUGCUGCAGAUGGUCGAUUGGUAACUGAGGGUUGUUACCUACAAAUUGAUCAGUCUUCUAUUACAGGAGAAUCCUUAGCUGCAGAUAAGCGCUAUGGGGAUCACGUCUUUUCUUCGUCAACUGUCAAGAGAGGGGAUGCAUUUGUGAUUGUUACAUCAAUUGGUGAUAACACUUUUGUUGGUAGAGCUGCAGCUUUAGUGAACAAAGCAUCUAAUACAGAGGGACACUUUACAGAGGUUUUAAACGGUAUUGGUAUUAUUCUUCUAAUUCUUGUUAUCAUCACAUUACUAUUGGUUUGGACAUCAUGUUUUUACAGAACCAAACCUAUUGUUGCAAUAUUAAGAUAUACCCUUGGAAUUACUAUUAUUGGAGUUCCAGUUGGUUUACCAGCGGUUGUGACAACUACUAUGGCUGUUGGAGCAGCAUAUCUGGCCAAGAAGCAAGCUAUAGUUCAAAAUUUAUCAGCCAUUGAAUCAUUAGCAGGAGCUGAAAUUUUAUGUUCUGAUAAGACAGGUACCUUGACUAAAAAUAAAUUAUCAUUGCACCAUCCAUAUACUUUUGAAGGUGUAUCAUCUGACGAGUUGAUGUUAACCGCCUGUUUAGCUUCCUCGAGAAAGAAAAAAGGUUUAGAUGCCAUAGAUAAAGCAUUUUUAAAGGCAUUAGUUCAAUUCCCGACGGCUAAAAGUCUACUGACUAAAUACAAAGUCCUGGAGUUUCAUCCAUUUGAUCCUGUUUCAAAGAAGGUUACUGCCAUAGUAGCAACACCUUCAGGUGAGAAAAUAACAUGCGUAAAAGGUGCUCCGUUGUUCGUGUUAAAAACUGUUGAAGAGGAUCAUGCCAUCCCAGAAGAAAUAUUAGAAGAUUAUCAUACUAAAGUCGCUGAACUUGCUUCUAGAGGUUUCCGUGCUAUGGGUGUUGCUAGAAAAAAGGAAAAACAACAUUGGGAAGUACUAGGUAUUAUGCCUUGUAUGGAUCCACCUCGAGACGAUACAGCUCACACAAUUGUUGAAGCUAAGCGACUAGGUUUGCGAAUCAAAAUGUUGACCGGCGAUGCAGUUGGGAUUGCUAAAGAAACAUGCAGACAACUAGGUUUGGGUGAUAACAUAUACAAUUCUGAGAGAUUGGGUCUUGGUGAUGGUGAUGCAGGUAUGCUCGGCUCUGAACUUGCCGAUUUCGUAGAAAACGCAGAUGGGUUUGCUGAAGUAUUUCCUCAACAUAAAUAUAAGGUUGUUGAAAUACUUCAAAAUAGAGGAUAUUUAGUAGCGAUGACCGGUGAUGGUGUAAAUGAUGCGCCAUCUUUAAAAAAGGCAGACGCUGGUAUUGCAGUAGAAGGUUCCACCGAUGCAGCUAGAUCAGCUGCAGAUAUUGUCUUUUUGGCUCCUGGCCUAUCUGCAAUAAUUGAUGCUUUGAAAACUUCUAGACAAAUCUUUCACAGAAUGUACGCAUAUAUCGUAUACCGUAUUGCACUUUCGAUCCAUCUAGAAAUUUUCCUUGGUUUAUGGAUUGCUAUACUGGAUAAUAGCCUUAGCAUAGAACUUAUAGUAUUUAUUGCCAUAUUUGCUGAUGUAGCAACAUUAGCUAUAGCAUAUGAUAGAGAACAAUAUUUAACGGUACCAGUAAAAUGGAAUCUUCCUCGCUUAUGGGGUAUGUCUGUUGUACUAGGUGUAAUUCUAGCAAUUGGGAGUUGGAUUUGCGUCACGACUAUGUUUUUGCCUAGAGGUGGAAUAAUUCAAAAUUUUGGUUCUAUUGAUGGGGUCAUGUUUCUUCAGAUAUCUCUUACUGAAAACUGGUUAAUAUUUAUUACAAGAGCUGUAGGUCCAUUCUGGUCGUCUAUGCCUUCCUGGCAGUUAGCAGCUGCUGUUUUUGCUGUUGAUAUCAUUGCAACUAUUUUUUGUUUAUUUGGUUGGUGGUCACAGAACUGGAAUGAUAUUGUGACAGUUGUAAGGGUAUGGAUUUGGUCACUGGGUGUAUUUUGUGUUCUAGGCGGUGCAUAUUUCUUAAUGUCUGAGUCAAUUCUGUUUGACAAAUUGAUGAACGGUAAACCUCUUCAAAAAGAGACAGUACAUAACAGAACGUUCGAAGAUUUUGUUGUUGCUAUGAAGCGAAUGUCUACGAAACAUGAAAAGGAGGAAUGA